GAAACAAAUCCAAAUUGAUGACGGAACAGUGAGAGACAGAGAGAGAUGAGGAAGCUGUCCCGUAACGUUGAAUGUGUGAAGAACAGCCUUAACAAUCGCCACAAGGACGCCAAGAACAGAGAGGAUCUCCGCGAGCUGUCUCUCCCAUUGUUCUUCUCCUUUUGGUGUCUUCUUUGCCUGCUCUAUUCUGCAUUCGGCCUUACUCGUGGCAAUAGCCAUGGUUCCCCCAGUGGAGUUUGUGCAGGUGAAUUGCAGAGCUAUAAUGAGAGUGGGUGUCAUUCGGUUGGUUCCGAAAGUAAUAUUUCCAACUCCUAUUUCCCCUUAGAAAAAGGGGGAGAGACGGGUUGUAAAAAGGAACUGCAUGUAGAUGUCAAUGUGACCAUGAUUAUCAAAGAGGCCACUCCUGACAAUGCAAUCAACGAGUAUUCGCUUCGGGGAACCAGUAGAGUAGAAGAUGUUGUCUCAAGUAUGUUGGGUUACAGUGCAGUAAUGUGCCAACUUCAACCUCUAGGACCCAAUGAUGGAAAGAAACUGGAAAAGCCUCUGAGUGAUAGAAGUCAGUUAACUUAUCCCGAUCUUGAUGAGUUGAGAAACAGUACAAAGCAGGCAAUGGGGUGGGAUGCACCGAACCCGCUAGGUAACAUCACCCAUAGGCUUGAACCUGAUGGAACACCGUACAACUAUGCCUCAGCUUCCAAGGGUGCUAAAGUGGUGGCUCAUAAUAAGGAAGCAAAAGGAGCGGGCAAUAUCUUGGGGAAGGAUCAUGAUAAGUAUCUAAGGAAUCCUUGCUCUGUGAGCUGGAAAUUUGUUGUCAUUGAACUUGCUCAUGAAACAUUGGUUGAUGUCAUAAAAAUAGCCAACUUUGAGCACUACUCAUCAAAUUUCAAAGAAUUUGAGUUAUUGGGGAGUUUAGAAUACCCAAGCGAGACAUGGGAACCGUUAGGGUCUUUUGUUGCUGAAAAUGUUAAGCAUUUACAAUGCUUUAAGCUGCCUCAACCUAAAUGGGUCAGAUACUUGAGAUUGAAUUUGCGUAGUCAUUAUGGUUCCGAAUUUUACUGCACGCUCAGUGUUGUAGAGGUGUACGGUGUGGAUGCAAUCGAACAGAUGCUAGAGGACCUUAUUGUCACUUCUGGAGAGCCUUCUAUUAAUAAAUUGCAAGAUCCAAAUUCAACCGUUUCACCUUACUUAAUACCAGAACUGGGACCCACCAGCCAAAAAAGAGAUGAUGAUGCUCAUCGCGUGAUUGAACCCAAGGGAAUAGAAAAUGGUGAUGAUGGGAAAAAGCCUAAAGUGGAAGUGCCAAAGAAGACAUUGAAUUUAAACACUAUUCCUGAUCCAGGGAAAGUUAGACAAUCAACAAAUAGCAGAAUUCACGGUGAUGCUGUUCUUAAGAUACUUUUGCAAAAGGUGAGAUCGCUUGAGCUGAAUUUAUCGGUGCUGGAGGAGUACAUAAAAGAACUGAACAAAAGACAAGGGGAGCUUUUGCCUCAGCUAGAUAAAGAUAUGUCUCAGCUUUCAACGCUACUGGAGAAAAACAAAUUGGAGAUCAAGACUAUGUUGGAGUGGAAGGAGAUCAUGGCAAAAGGAGUAGCUGACAUGGAGACAUGGAAAUCCUCUGUUUCAACUCAAGUGGAUUUGUUGGUAAAGGAAAAUGGCAUUUUGAGAUCAGAUGUCGAAAAAGUUGUGAAUGAUCAAGCGAGCUUGGAGAAGAAAGAGCUUGCGGUGCUUACAGUGAGCUUCUCUUUCGCCUGCAUUGCUAUAUUUAAGCUAGUCUCGGAGAUGGUCUUGACUUUGUUUGGAUCCCCUAUGUCCGAUAAGGUCUUAAGGACGAGCCGUGCUUGGCUUUUAAUACUUGUUAGCAGCAGUAUGACUAUAUUCAUUACACUGCUUUAGGCAUUAGGACCCAAACCAUAGAUUUUUGAGAGCUCUUCUUGUAAACCAGUUGUACCCUAGGCUUAGGUUCAGGAAUCAUCACCAACCAAAUUCCUCAUGGCCUGAGAUCAGAGUUCGGAAAAGAACAUGCUUAUGGUCUUUGGCUAUGGCACACCCGUUUUCGGGUGUAUAUAUAUUACCCACACGGAGUAUGUGAAUAAUGGCUAUGCUAACCA